GCCAUCUUUUGGAUACUGUCGAUCCCGGACCAAUACAGUUUAUCGGCGGUCGUUUCAUUUCUUUCGCAAGAAGCAUAGAAGCGGCUCUGACUGGCCAGCAGGUCUCAGCCUAUUGGAGCUAUUCUGGAAUAACAACAGAUGACGCCAACCGUGUGAACAUCAGCAUAUUUCUGUAUUACAAACGACCCGAACUUGCUUCCAUCGCAGACGGCAACGGAAGAGAGCGCGAUGUUUUCAACGAUAGCACCGCUCUCGAGAACUUGGUUGCAAUUAACAAUAUCACUGAUGUCUUGCACUGCAACUUCCUGCGACAAGGAGUUUUCACUUUCCACUCGGAAGGCCACGUCGGACUCGUAGAAUCAACGCCACCAUGCCUGACUGAAUCCCACCAUCUAGUUCCUCGGUAUUGCGAUAUGAACUUCGUGUCGGAACCAACAUGGGCACCGUUUGACGAGUCGACGUGCAAAGCAGGAACACGAUCUCGAGCGUUCGACGUCCACAUGGAUACGCAUCACCUGCUGUGCAGUCCGCGCCACUGCUUCCCGCAGAGGGUAUUCGGCACCUGGACGGAGGCCCGGCGGCUGUGCAACAGUUGGCGUGGCUACCUGGCCAGCAACGGCCCAGGAAGCUGGACAGACAUCGUCAAGAAGCACGGAUAUCUUCAGUCGGAUAGCGCUGGACAUCCGCAAGUUUUGGAAGCACUAAAAACGUCGGAGCUGCUGGUACCAAUCAUCUUGCCCCAUGGCGCAAAUGCGACCAGCUGCUUCAUGGUCAGCCCAGUUCAGGGCCAGCUUCAACCAACACAAUACUCGGACGAUGUUACGCAAACGUCAUGCUCCCGUCAACUGGGGGGAAAGUGCGCGUUUAGGUACCGCUCCUUUUUCCGUGAAAGGUACCGGAAUGUACAGCAUUACGCGCUCACACCUUUCAUAUUUGCUGUCUCAACGCAUUUACCGUUUCUUUUUUUUUUUCGAGCCCUCAAUCCUUGUCCAAAAAGAGGGUGGCUGGACUUGUCGAGCAAGAACACCUGUCUGUGGCUAAACUUGUCACCGUUGGAUUACGACCGAGCUGCUGAGGAGUGUCGUGCCAGUAAUGGGCACUUGGCUUUCGUGGACAACUCUUCAUUGUCCUACACUCUCGCGCUACUGCUCGCUCCGAACGAUGUCCCGCGCCAGUACGACCGCUACUGGAUCGGGCUGCAGAGGUCCCCAGACGGCGUCUACGUGUGGGAGAACGGCGAUCCACUGCGGGAGUUCGCCUGGCACCCUCGGACGGACUACAAACACAGCGCGGGAACGUUGUUCGUUGAUCGCUAUUCCGUCCGGUGGGGUCUGACGCUGCGAUAUUCCCUCGAGGACCCUCGUCGCAAGCUUCCUUCGAUAUGCCAAGCUCCCCUGCAAACAGGCACACCAUGGCUGCGCGUUGAGCAAAGGAACAGCGGCCGCCGCGUGGUGCUCACGUGCCGCGUCUCAGCCGAAAUAAUUCCCGGCAGCGUCCUCUGGUACAAGGACGGCAUCGCUGUGCAGGGCGACCGUGCCAGUACUCCGGGCGGCCACGACACCACGCUGGUCAUCGAGGAAGCCACGCCCGCCAGCCCCUUCUUGCAGGGCUACUAUUGGUGCGAGGGGAUCAGUGUGGCCGACUUUGGCCCCGUGGAGUCGAGAAAAACGCUCGUCCGCUUUCCGGGCAUCAAGACGUACGCCUGUACCAUGCCCCUGGUCGGACAGCAUCCGGAACUCUACGACUUCAAUUCGAUCCUGGCGCUCCGGUUCGCUUCCUAUUUUCGAAGAGACUUCAUCUACGCUAUUCGCGACACGAUUGUUGAAGGAUACCACAUGAAUGAACUGCAAGUCGUGGACAUCGCUCAGAACACAGCAACUGCCGACGUCGUGAGGUUUCUCGUGUUCUUCAACCGGCUGAGACGGCUGCCAAGGAUGACGAGCCACGACGAAGACAUGCGCAUCAUUGACUUCCUGAAAUCUACCAUAAGAAACAGCACUUCCCGGCUAGUCACGACUCCGCCAGUCCUUCCCGAGGCAAUGAGUAUCAGGAGCACGGAGAUGUGCUUCGAGGACACAACCACGCAUGACACCGGUCUCCAAAAGGAGCUGACGUGGCCAGCGACUCCUACUGGAGUAGUAGCCAUUCCACGGGAGACAUGCAUUCGGGGUGACGGUCAACCCGCAGUAAGGCGCUGCGAAGGCAACUUCACAACGGGCGCCUACUGGGGCAACGUGCAAGGAACGUGCGAGCGUCUUGCGUCUGACACAACCUUGAACCUCCGGAACCUCUCUCUGGCAAGUUGUGGUGGCAUCACUUCACGUCUCCACGGUCGUUAG